AUGCCUCCACAACCGGGCGAAGAGCGUCUCUUAACUGUCUUCGCCGACAUUCAUUACUAUUUCACUGCUCCAACCCCGAGGCCUCUUCACCACCGAUUUGAUAAAGGCUCAUAUCUAUAUGUAUACCACGAUGCGUCCCAGAAUAGGGCACGGAUCGAGAUUGCCAACAACCCUGGAACUCCAGACCAGGAUGCAUUCUACGGGGUGUUGAAUAACGUGCAUGUUCGACACUCGACCCAUUUUCCAACUCACUGCACGGUGACCGUGGACGGAGUUGCUGGGCUGCCUCCGCAGCAGGUCUCUCAGCAUGACUGGCGAUUACCAGGGGCAGACCCGCGCAGUGGUCAGCAUGAGCUACAUCGACUGCAUACACUUGAUAUCUAUUUUUGGACAAUAGACGAUACCAACGAAUUCUUGGACACGGUCGGUCGUGUGCUGCCCGCCGCUCAGCUACAGACAGACCGGCCAAAUGCUCAAUUAGAUCCGCCGAUGAGCUCGGUGGUUCAGCAACUCGAGAGCGUGGCUGUCUCCGAUCCAGCCUACCAGAAUGGACAGACCCCCAACUCUCGAUCAGAGCCUGCUGUCGGAGCUCCAGCUACACAAGGCCCUCCACAGGCCAUGAGCUUCCCUCCUCCACCUCCUAGCGUGCCAACAGCCGAUCAACAAUCCGUCAAUUCCGGAUCCCAGGCUUCUACAGCAGACAAGCAAGACUCAGCCGGCUUCGCUCCCCUCCCAUACAAUCCUGCAGCUCCCGCAGCCCCAGAGCCAAUCAAGCACCGUGAAAAGACUCCCCCUCCAGAAGAUGGCACCGAAGGAACCGGCCUCGCAGCUGCAUUGGCAGCCGACCAAGGCAUCCCAUACACAUCUCCACACCAAAUGGGCAGCACCCCAGGGCUCAGCUCAUUCGCACCCCCACCAACUUCCGCCCAAGGCAUACCAUCCUACUCGAGCGCCCCAGCCAUCGCCCCAACAGGCUAUGCCUCACCACCACCAAGCGCCGGCCUAAUACACACAAACUCCUUCCCAUCUCAACCAUCCGUCCAAAGCCCCGGGUCCAUCCCGGGAUACCCACAAUCCUUCCACAUAGGCCAAACCUGGCCCAGCACCCCAGGCCAGGGCACAAUGUCAUUCGCACCACCACCCCAAGAUCCAAACGCACAUCUCUACGCUCAACAAGUCUACGGAACCCCUCAGUCGCCGCCUCAGCAGCAGGUCAGUCCGGCAGUUCAGAUUGGUGGGUACUCGAACUACUCUCAGCUGUAUCGGCCGACAGAGGCGGAGGCUGGUGGGCAUGGACAGAAGUAUGCGCAGAAGGCGAUGAAGGCUCCCGGACAGCGGCCGAGGAAGCUUGAGGAGAAUGCGAUGAAGUUGGAGAGUGGUGUGAAUCGGUUCUUUAAGAAAUUGGAGAAGAAGCUUUGA